AAACACUCUUUUCCCUGCUUUUUACUUUCUUUGCUUUUUUCCUCCCUGCUUUUCAUCACGAAAAUUAUAUUUAAUUUAAUUCGCCUUGUUUUUGUUUGUUUGUGGUGGUUUUCUCAUCUUCAUUCAUUUCUGCUAUAGUUUUUGCUACUCUUUUGGGAGGACAGAGUGGUGAACUAUGAUUACUUAGUGUCCUCUGAUCUGGGUGUUUUUAUGAUUCAACUAUCAUACCAUUACAAGUUCUUGAGUUUUAUUAGUCGUGUGGGUAAAUUCUGGAUUUUUGAAAUAAUUCUUUUGGAUUUCUAAUCUAUUUGGACCAACAGCUUGUAAACCUUCACAGGGCAACAACUGAUGUAAGGCGAGAUAUUGCCUUUUGCAUAAAAGGACUCUGCAACCCUACAUGGACCACCUGAGCUGAUAUCUGGAUCUUCUUUAUUUAAAUUGAUGUCUAUGCAGUAUGAGGUUUUGUAAUCUCAGAACCUUUUUCAUUAUUGGAAUUGAAGAUUAAGGAAAUGGACAAGGUUUGUGAGUUCUGCACGGCCCUGAGGCCACUUGUUUACUGUAAAGCUGAUUCGGCAUAUCUUUGUCUAUCCUGUGAUGCGAAGGUGCAUUUGGCAAAUGCUUUGUCCGGCCGGCACCUCCGGAACCUUGUGUGUAACUCAUGUGGACAUCAUGUUGCUCAUGUUGUAUGUUUGAACCACAAAAUGUUAAUCUGUCGAGACUGUGAUAAAAAAUUGCACAAUGUUUCUUUAUCACACCAGAAACGAGCUAUCAGGAGUUUCAUAGGUUGCCCUUCUGCUAAAGACUUUGCAGCACUCUGGGGGUUUGAAUUGAAUGAGAUCGAAAACUGUGCCAGUCAGGAUCAGUUUGAUUCAGUUUCUUGUGUUUCUGCGGAAUUGAAUGUAGCACAAGUCUCAGGAAAGCCUGAUAUUCAAAAUGGGGUCCCUUCACUGCUAGCUGGGGCCAAACUUGAUGAGGAAUCGACCGGUCAACAAGGUCAGAUAUUGCACAAUCAUCAAGAGCGUCAAACUAUUGUGCAGCAGAUUAUUGAUCUAAAAUGGCUCCAACAAAAUGAGGAGAUUGAUUAUUCUGCGAAGAUCAGUAGGCUAAAAGAAAAAAAAUCAUCACCUUCAUUAUAUCACACUCUUAAGAAAUUGGACGAAAAAUUCAAUGGUCAAGCAAAAAAUUCCCAGGAUUUGGCUACUGAUGUUCUGGAAAAAGACUGUCCUAUUGUGGAGCCGAGUACAGAAACUUUGCCUUCUACUUUUUCUCAACUUGAUAAUUUAUCUUCAUCUUCAAUUAUCGAUCUUCCCUUGCAUGGAGAAUUGUUCUGGACGUGCAGAAGUCCACUUCGAUGUAAUCAGCUGUGGUCCCAAAAUAUUCAAGACCUCGGUAUAUGUGAAGAACUUGUUCGUCUAGAUGAUUUUAACAUCCCUGAUGUUGACUUAACUUUCCAAAACUUCGAUGAAUUAUUUGGAGGAGAUCAGGAUCCAAUUAGAAUAUUGUUUGAUGAUCAAGAUGUCUCCUGCUCUUCUUUAGAGAAGGAUAAGUCAAUCGACAAGUCAGAUAUUGACAAUCUAAGUGCAAUGGAGGAUUCUUCGGCUUCUGCAUCCAUUAAUCUCUCCCAAUCUGAUCAUGAGAACAAGGAUAUGAACCCUCUCGGCCAGUACUGUCCAGAAAGCAUGGAUCCUACUCAUGCAACUCAACCAUUUGAUUCAGCUACACCCUUAUCUGUUUUGGGAAUCAGUCUGGAAAGCAGUUUCACACAUGAGGACGGUAUCCUUUCUCCCUACAGUGAAGGGAAGGCUUAUUCAGGCAUGAGAAGCAAUUUCGACUUCUAUCCAGGAAACCUGGAGCUAAUGUAAGAAAGAGAGUGAAAGGCAUUCCUAUGACAGAAAUCAUUUGACUUUUGCAUA